AUGGACCCAUCCCAAGCGUCAUUCGGAAACUGCCUCGCCAGCUAUCAUGUACUAACCCGCUCUACGCAGCACCUCGACGCCGGACGUCGCCUGCUGUGUUCGUCGGAGCCGGGCCGGGCAUCAGCUGCGAGCGUCACUCGCACUGCCGCACACCGUGUACCGUCGUCGGUGCGGUCUUGUGGGCCUGGCCUACUACGGGAUCCCGAGGUCCGCUUUCGAGAUUGCGGACCACGAGUAGAAAGGAUAUCCAGUGUGCUGCUCUACGUUUGCCAUCCUCCCAACGUCCCCCAUCGGAGAUGGCCUCGAGCACCACUUACCGUGGCUGACCGCGUUGGCUCCUUUGCAUUUCCACGUCCAUGGCGUCCUGCUGGCACGGGGGACUUCGUCUGCUACUACUGUCCACGUGUAAGAUGGAUAUCCACCGCGCUGCUCCACGUUUGCCAUCCUCCCAACGUCCUCCUCAGGAGAUGGCCUCGAGCACCGCUCGCACCGUGGCCGACCGUUCCCUUUGGCCGGUGCGGUCUCGCUGGCAGACGAGAUUACUCAUCGCCCUGCUUUGCUACGGGAUCCCGACGUCUGCUUUCGAUUGAGGCCCACGCAUUGGAAGGUUACUCGUACUGGGGCCAACGCUGUUCGUUAAUUUACAUUCCCUCACCCAUGGCCUCCUGCUGGCAGUUGGAACCACGCUCCUCGCCCGCCACUACUGGUGACCGUUUUUGACGGCUGUGAGCGAGAAGGACAUUCGAGGCAGAGUUGCCAAAAGAUCAAAUGCUUUUGAGCACCAGUCGUUCCACGUCUGUGCACGUUUGCACAUGGGGUGGCAACUGGACAUCCAAGUCUGAGCGUGGCCAUGAACCCACAACCUGCGCGGCAAGCCCUCGUCGCGGCUAGCGUCGUCCUCUACGAGCUUCGCAUCGAGCGUCCUAAACGCUCACCAGGCAUUUGUAUUUGCUUUGUUCAUUUUUCUGUGUGGUCUAGCUGGCGAGGGUGGCGCACGCCUUAGAGAAGUUAACUGUUGUUUCAGUUCCAGUAGCUAGCGCUUACUAGGACGUGUGACUACAUCACAAAACUACGUAAAGUUAGUUUUGUUGCUUAGCUGUAAGCCCGAGGUUUCGUGGGCAUGGCGUGCGGCCACACGGGUCUUCUCCGUGCCGGAAUCGUAGAGGACGGGCCACGUGUGUGGCGUGAUGGGGUAUAGCUUUAGGCUUAGCUACUGCGCAGGCUAUAGCUGAUAGCCGUCCUCUUACGACUGCGUCAGGGACAUGGACCCAUCCCUAUGGCCUUGCAACCCGACCCCACUAUUUCGUGACAAGGUAGCCUGCGCGCGGGAGUGCGCGGACUACCUUGCGAAAUCUAGCGAAAUGUGGACUCGCGGAAGCAGGCGUCAUUCGGAAACUGCCUCGCCAGCUAUCAUGUAUUAACCCGCUCUACGCAGCACCUCGACGCCGGACAUCGCCUGCUGUGUUCGUCGGAGCUGGGCCGGGCAUCAGCUACGAGCGUCACUCGCACCGCCGCACACCGUGUUCCGUCGUCGGUGCGGUCUUGUGGGCCUGGACUACUGCGGGAUCCCGACAUGUGCUUUCGAUUGCGGCUCUCAAGAGUUGGAAGACGAUCCAGUGUCUUCGCAUCCGUCGCAUUCCCUCGCCGAUGAAGUCUUGUUGGUGGACUGGACUUUGUUCCUCGCCCGGCACUACUGCUGGUUCCUACAAUCUGCUUUCCAUGGUGGCUAAUCACAAGCGUAUCCAGCGGGCGCUUCUGCACAUCUAGUCUCCGGCCUACGGUACAGAGCUCCACUUCAUCUCUACUCGUCCUAUGGCCGGCUGUUUGACGUCUGCAUUUUCCUCGCCGAUGGCUUCCAGCUGGCAGACGAAGAUUCGUUCACCUCCCCGUCCUACUUCUGACAAGUACCAUAUACACUCCAAUGGUACUACGGAUGUUUUCUCGUGCGCUGUCUAAGCCCUGUGGCGUUUGAGGUUCGGAACGUCUCUUUUGAAUGAAGCUUUGUUGAGAUGGAACUUUUCCAAUGGCGGCUAUCCUUUCCUUUCAGUUCUCUUUUCCUUUAUCAUGUUCCUACAUCUUCCCGGUGCCGCAAGCAUACAAACUUUGUGGGCUUCCGGAGAAAUUUGCUGUCGAAUGUAUAUACUAUGCCGGUCCUCGACGUUUGGUUUAUGCUACGGAAAACUUCCUUCGUCACGCAUAUUUUACAAUAGGCUCUUCAAUGUCACUCUCCGUGUAAGACGUUUGACUUCAGUUCGUGGUGAUAUCAGGUGAUAUAAUCUCCUGACACAUAAUUUAUUUCGUCUACUCUCAGUGGCAUAUUCCCUACAGUGCUUUUGUAACUUCACAUCGUCUCCCCUUUUAUCGAAGGUUGCCGUCCUAUUCUUCAGUGCCUUAUCAGGAUUGGAGGCUCAAUCCCAUCGCUCGUGAUACGUUCUCAAGAUUGGAUUCCGGCAUGAAUUAGGAGGUAGCUGGCCCAUGCCGUCGUCCAACUUAUCCACGCUGAGGACGUUGAUGAAGGGAGGGACUUUCUCAUCGAGCACGAGGAAUAAGGGUUUAUUUACAGUAUUUACAUGCAAUUCAUCAGUCUAGCAUGACUGCGAGAGAAAGUACGUCAGUCUAAUCCGCACAACAGCGGCUUAUAAGCGCACACACACACACACACGGUCCAGAGCCCACGUCAGCGGCGCUUCGUAGAACUCGGAGCCGGACCGGGUAGCACAUUGUCUUGCGUUUUGGGAAAGAGCCUACAACGACGUUGCCGCGGCAACUCCCCCACCCGUAGCAGAUCAGGUCCUAGCUGAAGCGACGGAGAGUGGAGGGCGCGCGUAUUGUUCCCGACACAGUCGACUUCACGCCGUGGCUAGAGGUUGGUGGCGGCGUUCCAAGAUGAGGUUGCCACCGCUGGCGUAAAUGGCUGGCAAACUUGCACUGCAGCUGGCCCUUCUUAACAGCCUCCUCCAGGCUUCUGUUUCCGCACGUUGCGCACAGCUGCCUCCUCCCCAGAGACCACCCAUACCCAUCACCACAGAGCUGCCCGGCGUUUCCAAACGGCGCUCUCCGACUUGUGCCCUUCAACAGACGGCUGCCUCAAUCCUGCAUGAGGACCACGGAGGAAACCUGCAGAUCUACGUUGACGGCUCGGUGAUGCCGGACACAGGCUCGUCGACUGCGGCCUGCGUGGUGCCCGCCUUGCGGAAGAGCAAGCAGUGUCGCCUCCGCGACCAUGCGACGUCAACAGCGGCAGAGGUAGCAGGUAUUCACCUGGCUGUGGACGUACUCGCAGAGGAGCUGCCAGUGACCCCAGUGACCAUCUACUGAUCACUGGGGUCACUGAUCACUG